AAGACGUUUUUGGAUAAACUUCUGGAUGUCCGAAUGAUAUAGAACUUGCUGCUCUCCAAAUCUUCAUCUCUGCAAUCGUCACACAAAAACAGCCUUUCUCUCUCUUAUCUUCUCGUGGAAAUGAUAUCUGGUGGUGGGCCAAAGAAGAGACAGCGGGUCGGAAGCAACAGCCGCCUCUCCUCUACCGUCGGCGUCAUCGACUCCGCCCGUCCCGACGGAACCCUAACGGAGGCAUCCAACCACCACAAACCGUCAGGGGUCCGCCGCACCGCCUCCCACUCUGUCCUCCCUUCCGGCAGAUUCAACGACUCCGCCACCGCCGACGUCAUCCUCCGCCUCUACAUCGACCAACCUUCCUCAUUCGAAUUGGACGAGGCCGAGUCCAGAUCCGCCUUCGAUUCCGUCGACCAGUCCGACGUCCAGAUCUACCUCCACUCGGAUGUCCUCCAACGAUCAAAGUACUUCGCCGCACUGUUGUCGGAUCGAUGGCAGAGAGACUCCGGCGACGUCGACUCUGAGAGCUCUCGCAAGAUUCAUCGGUUCAAUUUGGGCGUGGCGGCCGCAAAUGGAUCGAUCAACAAUCACCUAACGGUUCUUCAGCUUCUCUACACGAGCGAUUUCUCGAACGCGAUCAAUAGCGCAUCUAAGGCUCUCUCGAUACUUCCCGUGGCUCUCGAACUUCUGUUCGAGGACUGUGUUAGGGUUUGUGUUCGAUUUCUUGAGGCCGUGCCGUGGAGUGAAGAGGAAGAGAAGAGAGUCUUGAGUUUGAUUCCUCUUCUCACAGAAGAAGAGUCUCAAGAGCUUAUCGCUAGGGUUUCACCGGCGAAGAACGAUUCAUCAGAAGAAAUGCUGCAUGGCUUGAUUUUUGCGGCGAUUCAUAACCAUCCGAACAUGGCGUUUGCGAAGGCUUUCGUUGCAAAGCUAUUGAGGGACUUCUCUUCUAGACAAUCGGCAUGCAGAGUGUUGGAUCGAGCAUUUGAUACUAGUUUGAAGAUCGUUAAGGAUUCGUUGGAGGAGUAUUCGAGCCCUGACUUUAGAGGUGAUCAUAACGAAACGGAGGCGAUUCAGAGGUUGAAUUUGCAUACAGCGAUGACGAAUGGCAGGCAUUUGUUGUGGUUAAUUGAGAGGAUGAUUGAGUUGAGAGUGGCUGAUACUGCCGUGAAAGAGUGGAGUGAUCAGAUUUCAUUCACAACAAAUUUGCAAAGAGCAUUUCGUGAUGAUAUGUGGAAGAAUAUCGUGCCGGGCCUUCCUGUUGUUAUUCUUCGCUGCACCUGCAAGCUUGCCAAUGCUGUUGCUGCUGGGAUCAUUUUGGCCGACAGACAGGUUAGGAUGAAGCUGGUUAAAGAUUGGCUUCCAGUGCUGAUCGUAUGUAAAGACAAACCCAUGCUUCCUAGCUAUAAAUCACUCUAUCCGGAGCUCGAGGAAACGUUCCUAAGAAUUAUCUCUACGCUGCCCCUUUCAGAUGCGCAGGAAUUGUUGCAGCAGUGUCUCAGUUUUUCAACUCGAAACGUUGACGACUGCCCUCACUUGGUCAAUGCAUUCAACACGUGGUUUCGCCGUGCAACUCGGUCCCCACAAGCAGACAACCUUUGUUAGUUGCAGCUUGCAACUUGUGUUUAUAGUGGAACCGUCUCACUGUUGAUCUGCGUAGGUUUGUGCUUUCCUGCAGAUAUUAUGCAUUUUGAACUUUGGUUAAGCAGCAAAACUGUUAAGUAUGUACAUAAACGGGGGUGGCUGGGUCUUGCGUUGAACCGUUGACAAAAGUUGUAAGAUCGAAGGUAAACAGCUGUUUAGAAAAGUAGAGAAGGUGGUGUUAUGGCAAUGUUCAUUGCCGCGUAAAAAUGCUGCAGAAUAAAUGGCAUCGCCGAGGAUUAUUGAAAUCUGUAUUAUGUGCUGGAAAGGUUUUCACAUUUUUCUUUUUACUUGAAUUGCAGUUCAAAUCCUCCGUACAGAAGCACAACUCAGACAGAAUUGUAACUUGGCAAUCUCAGUUAACUAAAAAAAAAAUUAAAAUCAAAUUUUAUCUGUUAAGCUAUGGGAGAAGUUCAGAAAAUACUCCUAAAGUAUAUUUUUUGUAGCAUUUUUACCCCCUAAUUGAAAAUGUGUGCAAUAAACAUCUCUAAUUUUUUGAUAUUGUGCAAAAUUACCCUUAUGUCAGAAAUAUGAAAUAAAUUAAUACUCUAAUACCCAUUUUGCCCUUUUAUUCUUUCCAAAAUGCCCCUGCAAUCACCCUCUUCACUACAAUCAUUCUCCGCCGUCCGUGCUCGCCGUCUCCAUCGGCUUCAAGCAUCAAUGACAUAGGGUAGGGGAAGCCCAAAUAUCUUGACUUUUUUAUUUGCUCGGUGGUAAGCCAAACCAAAGGCUGCCUUCCACUCCUAAUAUCUUCUUCUGUUUUCUUGGUUCACCAGUACUCCAUGUGAAGAUCUCGGUUCUCAGAC